AUGGCAGAAAUGUUUAAGUUACCAGAAACAGAAAUGAUUGUAAGUUAAGAUUAAUUAAUUGGAAAGGAGGGCUGGGCUGGCCUGCGGGCUAGGUUUUAAUUUUGUUUUAUCAGUCUGGUCCCAUACGGGGAAAAGAGGUCAGUCUAGUCUCCGACAAGACAAUAAGACGGAUGUUUGUUAAACGUAUGUUUAGUUAGUGGAGAGUUCAAACACUACUGUAGCUGACCUUCCUAUAUGUUGCCAAAACUAUCAGCAUGAUGUUGGCGUUCUUCGGAAUCUGGUGGAUAUUGGCUACACAAUGCGUAAGUGGUUCUGUCUAGUACCUUUUUUAAACUUUUCAAAAUAUAUAAACUAUGUCAUGUCGUAUAAAAAAAGCCUUCUUUAUAUUAGGUGUUUUACAUAAUUUUGUCCCCAACAUAUACAGUACGCAAAAAAGGGUUUGGUCUCUUAAUAGGCAAGAUAUAGUCCCCUAACAUUGCUUUAUUUUUUUAUUGUUACCAUUCAGACAAUUACUUUACCAAAGAACUGAAAGGCCCCAUUUUGCUUGGACUGAUGUACGAUGGAGAGACCUUAAUCUGGCGGAACGAUGAGUAUCGUCACUACAUUAACUACACUGAAUUCGUGGGUAAUCCCCAAUUCGAAAAUCGUGAAUAUUACUUUAAACUUGUCACUGAACGCGGCCCAGACCAUAGAAAGAUUGACAUCAUUCCAGAAGACACAACCGGCUACUGCUUGUGCCAGAAGAACGCAUAA